GUAGCUACUCCUCGUCUUUUCGAUGAUUCUCUACGACUCAUCACCGAAUGUACGCCAAAUCUAACUCAUCUCGCUCUUGACGUCAACCACCUCAGCACCCACAUCCUUCAGCGCUACUUCGCAGGUGGCGCCAAAUCGCAAGGUUCACGUCUUCGUUCGUUGAAGAUCUGCCGUAUGAGGAUUACCUACAGGGUUUUGUUUGCUAUAGCUCGUGGAGCUCGAAAUCUUCUGGAUCUCGAAACCUCUCAAAUGCUUUCGGUUGACGAUCGUUUCCUAGCGAUUCUUGGCGAUAACUGUAGGCAGUUGAGGUGCAUUAAUCUUAACGGAUGCCGUUGGGUCAGCGAUAAGGGCAUGGCUGCCCUGGCUAGGAAGGAAGCAAACUUGCGUUUAAGGCGUUGUCCCCUACGAGAAGUACGUAUUCGAGGCACUGCCUGCACUGAUAAAUCUAUUUACAUUCUUGCUCAAUUCUGCCCCGAUCUCGAGUGGAUCUCGUACGCUGACUACUCAGGUGGGAGCUGCAGAUAUUUCAUCAUAACAUCAAAAGAACCAAAUAUAACUCAAAAAAGAAGUCAUCUUAAAUUUUUUGCACAAGUAACCGAAUAG